AAUCCCAGCUUCCGAUCCAGUUUCCAUCAGCCUUCAACCAUUUACCAAGUUAUUUUUCUUCUCUCACACUACCUCUCCGACAACAUGGUCAGCCUGAAGACUCUUGCUUGUCUUUGCUUCGUUGGCAUUGCCCAGGCUCAAAUGCCGUGGAUCCCAAUCAACCUCCCAAUCCCUAACCAUGGGUCUGGGUCGGGAUCUGGGUCGGGAUCCGGGUCUGGGUCCGGGUCCGGCCAACCCUCAUGCCCAGCUUGUCCAACUUGUCCUGCGCCUCCAACUUGCCCUUCAACUCCCGCCCUCGACCCGGCUACGGUCAGCGCCGCCAAGGCAGUUUGUGCCAGUAAGAAGCCUGGCACCGUGCCUGUGUUCCGUGAGGAUGGCAAACCCUAUGGAUGUGUCCCCAACAUCUGCUCCCAGCCUACAGUUACCAUCGAGUGUUAAAGGACUUUUAUGCCCCGGAGGGCCCGGUUUUCAAUCCAUCCAGGGCUUUCCAACAUGUUACCAGGGCAAUGCCUCCAAGGAUUUUGAGGUGAGGGAGGGGGUUUCGGUU